AUGAUGUGCGAGGUGAUGCCCACCAUCUCUGAGGAUGGGCGAGGAGGAGGAGGGGGCGGCACCGACGAAGGUGGGAGCACGGGCAACCUGGAGUCGCUGAUGGUGAACAUGCUGACGGAGAGGGAGAGGCUGCUGGAGAGCCUGAGGGAGACGCAGGACUGCCUGGGGACGGCCCACCUCCGCCUGCGAGACCUGGGCCACGAGAAGGAGUCGCUCCAGAGGCAGCUGACCAUCGCCCUGCCGCAGGAGUUUGCAGUGCUGACUAAAGAGCUGAACCUCUGCCGGGAGCAGCUGCUGGAGAGAGAGGAGGAGAUCUCCGAGCUGAAGGCAGAGCGCAACAACACACGGCUGCUGCUGGAACAUCUGGAGUGCCUGGUGGCCCGUCACGAGCGUAGCCUGAGGAUGACCGUGGUGAAGCGGCAGACGCAGUCCCCGGCGGGGGUGUCCAGCGAGGUGGAGGUCCUCAAAGCCCUAAAGUCUCUGUUUGAGCACCACAAAGCUCUGGAUGAGAAGGUGCGGGAAAGACUACGGGUGGCCUUGGAGCGAGUGGCCUCCCUGGAAGAGGAGCUGCAGUCCUCCUCUCAAGAGGUUGUGUCAUUAAAGGAUCAAAUCAAGCGACGGCAGCAAGGACUAGAAAACGGCAAAGAGGUAACGACCAGACGUCUUCCCAACGGACCUUCCUGUAUCUUGGAUGAGGGGGAGGUGGACAGUAAGAGAGAGAGCGAGAUCGAGCGGCAGAGGUCCGAGCUGGGACAACUGAAAGAGAGACUGGCCCUCAUGUGCAGACAGGUCGGCGAGAUCGAGGAGCAGCUGACGUCGGCCAGGAGGGAGCUGGCCCGAUCGGAGGAGGCCAACCAGAAACUCCAGAGGGACGUGAAGGAGGCACUUUGUCAACGGGAAGACAUGGAGGAGAGAAUCACCACAUUAGAACGCAGGUACCUGAGUGCCCAGAGGGAGGCAACGUCUCUCCACGACAUAAAAGAUAAACUAGAGAACGAGUUGGCCAGCAAAGAGUCUCUCCACAGACAGAGCGAAGAGAAGAACCGGCAGCUUCAGGAGCGUCUAGACGAUGCCAAACAGAAGCUACAACAAACUCUGCAGAGGGCCGAGACGCUGCCGGAGAUCGAGGCCCAGCUCGCCCAGAGAGUGGCAGCACUCAACAAGGCGGAGGAGCGUCAUGGCAACUUUGAGGAGCGACUGCGACAGAUGGAGGCGCAACUGGAGGAGAAGAACCAGGAGCUACAGAGAGCGAGGCAGAGGGAGAGAAUGAACGACGAACACAACAAGCGCCUCUCCGACACGGUGGACAAGCUGCUGUCUGAGUCCAAUGAGAGGCUGCAGCUCCAUCUGAAGGAGAGGAUGGCCGCCCUGGAAGAAAAGAAUGCUCUGUCCGAGGAACUGUCUAACUUGAAGAAACUCCAGGAUGAUCUCAUAGCAAACAAGGACCAACUGAUUGUGGAGCUGGAACGGCUUCAGGUGGAGUUAGAUCAGCUAAGAGCCCGGCCUGGGGGCUCUUAUUCCAGUCGCUCACUGCCAGGUAGCGCUCUGGAGCUGCGGUACUCUCAUGGAGGCGGGUCCCUCCCAAUGGGUUCCACCACUCACCUGGACCCCUUCUGUAGAGCCUCCGCCGGGGGCGUGGUCAGGCGGAGUCACCGUGCCCGUUGGAGCUCUGCCCGAGAGGACUCGACCAAGUACCCCGAUUGGGAGAGUGGUGCUCUUCUUGGGACUGGGUAUGAUCCAGGCGUGGACGUGGGCUGCUCCGACGAUGAGGACGACGGGGAUCAUCGUUUUGGCUCCGAGCUGCUGUCCCCUAGUGGACAGACGGACGUGCAGACCCUGGCCAUCAUGCUGCAGGAACAGCUGGAGGCCAUCAAUAAGGAGAUCAAACUCAUUCAGGAGGAGAAGGAGAACACAGAGUUGCGGGCCGAGGAGAUCGAGAGCCGGGUCAGCGUGGCGUUGGACAGUCCCCCCAUGCCUCCGACCUCCCUGGGCAGAGACAGCACAGGACGGGGUUUCAUCCCCUCGUCCAUUACAUCCUCCACCCUGGCCUCCCCCUCUCCCCCCAGCUCUGGACACUCCACCCCUCGCCUGCCGCACUCCCCCGCCCGGGAGACUGAUCGACAGAACAACAAAGACGAUGAUCGUUCCCUCGCACUUCUUGACUCUACACCUCCUCCAACUCCUCGUGCGCUCCGAUUGGACAGGAUGGCUCUCACCCACCCAGGCGCGAUGCUCGACGACCCCCGGGACUUUCGCAGUCUCUCGGCAGAUGGUAGCAGCUCCAACAGCAGCCAAGAUUCUCUCCACAAGUCCAGUAAGAAGAAAAGCAUCAAGUCUUCCAUCGGUCGCCUGUUUGGAAAGAAGGAGAAGGGGAGGAUGGGCCAGCCCGGGCGGGAUGGAUCUUCUUCUCUUGCAUCUACACCCUCUGAAGAACAUGCCUCUGGAGACGCGAUGGGGAUCAACAAGACGGGGACUCUAGGUCCGGCAGAUAAAGACCGCCGCAGCAAGAAGAAGCAUGAGCUACUAGAAGAAGCAUGUCGCCAAGGACUUCCCUUUGCAUCUUGGGAUGGGCCGACUGUUGUCUCUUGGUUGGAGCUGUGGGUGGGGAUGCCAGCCUGGUACGUCGCAGCCUGUCGCUCAAAUGUUAAGAGCGGGGCCAUCAUGGCCAACUUGUCCGACACAGAGAUCCAGAGGGAGAUCGGCAUCAGUAACCCGCUUCACCGCCUCAAACUGAGGCUGGCCAUCCAGGAGAUGGUGUCCCUCACCAGCCCGUCAGCGCCGGCCAGCACUCGCUCUUCGACCAGUAAUGUGUGGAUGACCCACGCCGAGAUGGAGACUCUGAACGCUGCCACCAAACCUCCGCUGAAAGAGUUCAGCUGGGAUCAGAUACUGGCCUAUGGUGAUAUGAAUCAUGAGUGGGUGGGCAACGACUGGCUGCCCAGCCUGGGCCUGCCACAGUAUCGCAGCUAUUUCAUGGAGUCCCUGGUGGAUGCACGCAUGUUGGACCACCUGACCAAGAAGGAACUGAGAGGACAGCUCAAAAUGGUGGACAGCUUUCACAGGGUCAGUUUGCACUACGGCAUCAUGUGCCUGAAGCGUCUGAAUUACGAUCGCAAAGAGCUGGAAAGGAGGAGAGAAGAGAGCGCCCACCAGAACAAAGAUGUGAUGGUGUGGUCCAACGAGCGAGUGAUGUGCUGGGUACAGACGAUCGGUCUGAAGGAGUACGCCGACAACCUCCGUGAGAGUGGCAUCCACGGGGCUCUGCUGGCUUUAGAUGACACCUUUGACUACACUGACCUGGCGUUGCUGCUGCAGUGCCCCAAUCAGAACAUACAGGCCAGACAGCUCCUAGAGCAAGAGUACAACUCUCUCCUCUCCAUGGGAACUGAGAGACGACCCGAUGAGGAUGGAGCAAAGACGUUCAGCCGCUCGCCCUCCUGGAGGAAGAUGUUUAGGGAGAAAGAUCUCCGGGGCUUGACCUCUGACUCUGCCGAGACCCUGCCUGCUAACUUCCGUGCCUCAGCCAUCUCCACACCCUCUGUUACCCUGAGAAAGGUUCAGAGUGAUGGUGAGUCCAACUCUGGUGCCCGGGGUGAAUCUGCCUCAGUGAGGACGUAUUCCUGUUGAGGGGAUGAGGGCACUGACUGGAUUGGGACUAGAGGAUCCUCUCGCUCGUCCACGGAGAAAGAAGCAAUGAAUAUACCAUUUAACUUUAAAAUAAAU